CAGGCCGGGUUCGCCAGGAGUCCCGCACGCUGACGCCGCCCGCGCCAUCUUGACCGAGGGCAGCCUUCCGCUAUUUCCGUUCCUUCUCUGACCAGGACGGCCAUCUUCGGUGAGGGCCAAACAAAAGAUUUAUGUAGUUGAAUUCAGCCUAUGGACUUCCAAUUUGCAACCCCUAUUUUAAAGAGGAUUUUUUUAGGGAGUAACAGUCUGGAGCAAAGCAUAAAAAUGAGUACCGCCAACAAGAUUGGCCUGGGCCAGAAACACUCAGGACCCUCGGAUUGCAGUGGGUUCCCAGUCCCCAAUAGAAAAGAAGAUUAAGGUGAGGAAAUAUGUUUGCCAUGAACUCUGGAGUCAGUAAUACCAUCAUAAAAAGUUUCUCCCCAAGACAGAAAGGGCCUGAGUGUGUCAAGCCAAAGUGCUUCGUCUGUUGGGCUUGGUUCCGGCUAAACAGCACUGAACAAAGCAAACAUCGCUUGUGCCCCCACAGGGCCAGGGCAAGUGAGGGACGUGGACAUUGAAUAGUUACUACAAAUUGUGAUAAGGGUCAUGAAAGAUGGGAUUUUAUUUGAACAAAUACGUGGAAGGUCUGAGGAAGUAACAUUUAAGCUAAAACCUAAAGAUUACGUACAUAAUACUGUAGUCAGAGUUGCUGUAUUGUGUGUUUGGGAGUCUAUGAAGGCGGAACAUGUGAAAAUACUCAGAUGGCAAAGAGAAUAUGGUUUUUGAGGAACAGAAAAGUCAGUGUGGCUGCAGCAGAGUGGACAAGCAGGUGAGCUGAGAGGCAGUCAGGAGCCAAAUUAUGAAAGCCAUAACUGGGAUUUGGGAUUUUCUCCUCAAAGCAACAGGACACUCUCCUAGGUUUCAGUGCAGGGAAGGGACAUGCUCAGAUUUGUGUGAUACAGAGAUCCCCCCUGGUUGCUGUGUGCGCGGUCUGGUGGGGCUGGGGGCAGAGAGAAGCACGGAUUCAGGGAAGCUAGUGAGGCUGCUACCUUAGGGGGCAUUUGAAGUUAGUAGGGACAGCCUGAGAAGGGGGAAAGAGAAGGAAGCACGUUGGAAGAAGAGCCAAGUGGAGAUGUUAAGUAGAUCAUAUCUAGGGGUGAAGUUGAGAGGUGAGUACAGGUCAGUCUCGUGUGCCUCGAUGGUCUUGCUCAUCCCUUACUGCCCCCUCUCGAGCAGUCUGAGACACAUGGUAGGUCACCUUGUUGAGUGACUGAGAGUGUCCAUGCCCAAGAGAGUCUAUGCUCUGAGAUGAGAAUAUGCUCAUCUUAAGUGACAAUUUCUGUUGUAUUUUCUUGCAUUACAUUUAAAAGACAGAACCAGCAAAGUAGGUGGAAGGGUGUGGCCAUGAGGUAGGAAGAGAAUGAAGGGCUAUUCAGUCACCUGGGGAUAUUUGGCUAAUGGCUGGAACAGUCUCGGUGCGGGGGGUGGGGGCAGGAUCGCCUUGGUCACAUGCCCUUGGCCACAGCCUGGAAGCCAGAGGAAAGUAAAGUACUCAACUCUAAAAUGCUGCUGAGGUCAAGUAUGACAGGGACAGAGACAGGACCACUGAAUUUGUUGCUGUGGAGAUCCUUCACGACCUAGACGAGAGCAGUCUGGGGGCAGUGAGGGCCUGGAAACCCACCUGAGGAGGACCGAGGGGAAACUGGGCAGUGGGGAAGUGGAGAGGGGUUCUAGGUGUCUGCUUCAUGGCACACGGUGAAAGGGAGCCAAGAUGGGAUGUGCGGCAAAGGAAACGUUUUCCUUUUCUGCUUAAAGAUGAUAUAUAUACUGGAACAUAUUUUUAUGCUGACGGGAGUGAUCCGGUACAGGGGAAAUUUUGAUGAAGCAGGAAAGAGAACUUGGUAAAAAUUUGCAAAUUAAGUUCCUGAAGCUUCACAAGGACAGAUGGGAGAACUGGCUUUUGAUAGACAAAGGGGCAAUGUUUCCAUUCUAAGGGCAGGGCCCAGGAUCCAUGCAUGGCAGUGGUUCUGGCAAUGGGAAGAGGAGGGCGUUCCUGACUGAGUGCUUCUGUUUUCUCAAGGAAGUCUAAGGCGAACUCUUCAACCGGAGGGGGACUCUGGGGGAGGGGAGUGUGGGAGGUUUGAAGAGAAAGCCAGGGAACACGGCUAAGAGAUCCCCCCACCAGGGACAUGGUGUCAGAGUGCCAGGAAGAGCUACCAGCCACUUGUGAUCUGUAUCAUGGCCUGCAACAAAAGGACAGCCAACUUAAAAAUCUUUUAACACUUCCCUCUGACAAGAGUUUAGGUGGUGUCCAUUCUUCAAAAGUGAGGAAAUUCUUGCUCCAGAAGUCUCAGCAAGAGAAUGAAACACUUCAUCAGCUCCAAGCCGUGUCUUUUGACUUCCGGUUUGCCGAAGCAGAGGCAUACUACUGUCGGCGGCAUCAAGAGAUGAUGCUGGGGGACGCGUGGAGAUACCUGAUGGUUCCAAGGCGGGAAAUUAAAAGAGAGAGAGAGAGACCCCAACGUGAAAAAACAGGAGACGCUGAAAGAUGGGACUACUUAGUGCCUGAGAGGGAGCUGGGCCACAUAGAGAAGCACAUACACCGAGCGGAACGAGCCAGAGGCCUCAGAGACCCCAAGUAUCGGCUCCUCCCUCAAAAGAUUCCAAGUGAAACAGUCUUCCCCAACAUAUUAACCCUAGGGAAGGAGGAAAAGACUGAAACUAUCCAGAAAACCCACAAAACUAAGACCAAAAAGCACAGGGCGGCCUGGGCAAAGGAACAGAUCAAGGGGCAUCAGGAUCGAAUGAUUCGGGGGAGAGAGCUCACGGAGCAGAGAAGUGAGAGACUGCGUGCUUGGAAGAUCUCUGCCCCCACUCCUCUCCACAGGCCUGCAACACACCAGGAGGAAGAGAAAGAAUUCAAACGGAUCACAGCCUACCCGAUUGCCCAGCCUUAUCAGGAAGCACUCAUUGAAGUGACCAUCCUCAUGGAAAAGUCCAGAAAAGAGGAUAACGUAAAAAAGCCACUCCGACGAGAGCUCUUGAGUAUGCCACCAUUUUUGAGAAGUCAACUAGAGAAAAAUAAACUUUAAGUUAUUUUCUGGA